AUGGCUUAUUUCCCCGAGCGCCUGAGACUGGCGCAAAUAGCAGCAGAGACGAAAGAGACAAAUCGAGUUGUUGUUGUCGAGACACCAGGUGCUUCAUUCAGGUCAACUCGAUAUGAAAACAGCUCGCCACUACCUGUUCGUAAAGGCGACAUGCCGAUAAUCGAAGUACGCGAAAUGGAUACGUUCACGGCAGGAUUACUCUUGCUUGGUCCCAAGCGCGAAAAUCAGGGCCAUGUUGCAUGCUUGAAUAUGGCUUGCGCCGACUCUGCGGCCGGGGCUUGGCUUAGUGGUUCUCUGGGACAAGAGGAAGUGGUAAGAUUUGACAGCCAGAUUCUGUGGAGCGACAAGAAGGCCCUCGACUCAGAAUGUUACGAUCAUUACCCAAUAACGGGCGCUGCAUGUCUGUGGAGCCCAGACGUGGUCGUUUACAGGCAAGAACUUGACCCGGCAAGUGAGCAGAUGGCUGAGUACCCUAGACUGGAGGAUCGAUUCGUCCUAGGUGUUAUCAGUGUCCCAGCCAUCUUCAAGCCUGAUGGCUCGAGUGACAUGUUAUCAUUUGGUGAUUCUCUCCUUCCGGAAGACGGUUGUACAUUUACAGUUAUGCUGCGCGUUCUCGGGAGACAGAACCGGACACACCUUGUUCUGGGCGCUCUCGGUUGCGGCGCGUUCCGCAAUCCGCCAAAAGUGAUUGCACGGACUUUCAAAGAUAUCCUCGCCGAAGAGGAGUGGAGGGGCUAUUUCGAUCGGAUUAUCUUUGCGAUUAUAGAUCGUCCCGGUGGGCCGACUCUUGCGGCAUUCCAUGAAAUCCUGAGCAAUUAG